UUGGCCCUCAGGGCGGCCGGUCAUUUAUUAUGCAGGCAUGCUUCUUGCUUCACGAAGCUUCUGUUGCCUUGGCAUUAGAACAUAUCAACUCCAAACAGAUUUGUUUUCCAGAUCCAUCAAACUUUCAGCCUCUGCAACAAUGGCCUUCAGACACAAAAACACAAGACGAAUUGAAGGCCUUGAUAGCAAUGUGUGGGUUGAAUUUACAAAGGUGGCAGCAGAUCCCUCAAUUGUUAAUCUUGGUCAAGGCCUUCCUGAUAUAUCCCCUCCCAACUAUGUUAAAGAAGAGCUGGCAAAAGCAUCAGCAGUUGACAGACUGAACCAGUACACACGAGGCUUUGGACAUCCAUCACUGGUGAAAGCCUUGUCUCAAGUGUAUGAGAGAGUUUGUGGCAGAAAGAUUGAUCCUCUCACAGAUAUCCUGGUGACCGUGGGAGCUUAUGGAUCUCUCUUUAGUGCAAUACAGGCAUUAAUUGAAGAGGGAGAUGAAGUAAUAAUAAUAGAGCCAUUUUAUGACUGUUACGAACCAAUGGUAAAGAUGGCAGGUGCAAAGCCUGUUUUUAUCCCUCUGAGAUAUAAAAAGAAUGGAAACUCUGCAUCUAGUGCUGAUUGGGUCUUAGAACCUGCUGAACUUGCAAAUAAAUUUAAUUCCAAAACAAAAGCAAUUAUUCUGAAUACCCCACACAACCCUAUAGGCAAGGUGUUUACCAGGGAAGAGCUCCAAGUAAUAGCUGAUCUUUGUAUUAAACAUGAUACCCUCUGCAUCAGUGAUGAAGUGUAUGAAUGGCUGGUGUAUAAAGGAAACCAACACAUUAAAAUAGCUACCUUGCCAGGUAUGUGGGAAAGAACAAUAACUAUAGGAAGUGCUGGAAAAACAUAUAGUGUAACUGGCUGGAAGCUUGGUUGGUCCAUUGGCCCUCAGAGCCUGAUUAAGCAUUUGCAGGUUGUUCACCAAAAUACGCUGUAUACUUGCCCAACUCCGUUACAGGAGGCUUUGGCACAAGCAUUUUGGAUUGACUAUAAACGCAUGGAUGACCCAGACUGCUAUUUUUACUCACUGUCUCGAGAGCUGGAAAGCAAGCGUGAUAGGAUGGCUCAGCUACUUCAAGAUGCUGGACUAAAGCCUGUUGUUCCAGAUGGAGGAUACUUUAUGAUUGUUGAUGUUUCUACAUUAAAUGUGGAUCUCUCUGAUGUAGAUGCGAAACAAGCUUAUGAUUAUAAAUUUGUCAAAUGGAUGAUAGCAUCUAAGAAGCUCUCAGCAAUUCCUCUUUCAGCAUUCUGUGGUCCUGAAACAAAAAGGCAGUUUGAAAAAUACAUACGGUUUUGCUUCAUUAAGAAAGACAGCACACUGGAUGCAGCUGAAGUGAUACUGAAGAACUGGAAUAAACAGACAGCCUGAUUUUUCUCACUAACUCUUCCAUCUGGUGUAAUUGUCUGAUAGUAGGGGUUUUAUUACAAAUUUGAGAACAAAUUACUUAAUACAGCACAGAAUUAUUGACAUUGUAAAUAACUUUGUGCUGCCACCUGCUGAGGAGUUAAUGAUUUACUGAAAUGUGUGAUGCAGCCAGACGUUAUUUUCAGUCUUUUCAAAAGAAUUUGCCUUUUUUUCCUGAAAAGAAAAUCUAUGCAAAUAACUUUUCCUACAAAUUCUUGUCUUCUGAUAAAACUCGGUGUAAAAUAAAUAGAUGCUACAGGUAUUUUAAAACUGAAGAGAAAAAAAGUGGGAGGUGUUUUUCGUGUGAGAUAGUAUAGGAAGUAGGAUUGAGACUUAAAAAUAGUAGUUAGUGAAACCCAAUAGCUUGCAGUGGACAAAAAUGAAGAUAUGCCUCAUAUUCGAUAAUUACACUGAGUUUCUACAUACUCACCUACCUACCUUGUCCAUGCACAAAUUGCCUCAGUUUAAAUAAAGUGGCUUAAGUCAGUUCAGUGUUUACACUAUAAGCAAGAUUGGAAAGUGCUAAAUUGCAUAAUUACUAUUUCAUUUUCCCAGAAUCGUGUGUGCUGUUCCGAAAGUAAUCAGUCCUUAAUGAAUUUAUACAAGUGGCAUCCAGAACAGGAAUUCUAUUCACAGAUGUCUGCCUAUUUGUUUAAUUAUAACAUGGAUAAAUCUACAAAGCAUAAUAGGAGAUUUUCAUCAUCCUUUUUUUCACAACAUUGGUGACUUCACACCAAACUUAUAUAAAACUCUAUAGAUCUAGGGGGACCAUGAAGAUAGGCUGUAGUAUGGAACUCAGCUAUUUUUUUUUCACCCUCAGUUGAUAAAGAACUGUUUCAAGAGAGAUCAAUAUGGAGAAUUCCUUUCUAGUUGCAUCCUUUUCCAGUUCUCUCUGUGAUCUUUUAAUGUGUGGGAGCAGAAGCAAUCCAGGGAGGUAACCUUUUAAGGUUGCUUGCAUUGUUCUCUGUGUGAUUUCUAUUUUCUUCCCACAGGCCCUACUGUGGAAAGCCUCAACAAAUUCAGUAACUAGUUCUGCAAAUAUUUGACUCAUUCUGUAAUCGCACAGCUGGAAUCUUAACUGAAUUCCAUCAGACUGUGACCAUGGCCUAAAAAAAAGUAUAGAAACUGGAUUGUGAAUAAAGCUGCCGGGCUUUUUCAAUAGUGCUUCUUGCUCUUGGGCUUUUGUGAGUCCAGUAGCUUGGAAUUCUGUAGUUUUGUAGCUGUCUUACACUGCCGUUCCCCAAAUGUCACCAGAGGAUGAUUGGCUGGUAUUGUUAAGGUUGUGUGUACUCUUUAUGUAAAAGAAUCAUCAAUUUAGUAAUUAAAAUAACUGAGAUUUCAGCAUGAAUUUCAUGUGGAAAUUCUUACAUUAAAUUCCUGGAGGAACUAUUUAUUUUUUAAGAUAAUAAAUUUCUGUGAAAUCUGAACUCUAUUUUACAAUCCAUUUCUGUUAGUUGCACUGAAGAGCUGUCCUGUUGCAGGAACCAAGAGGACAGUGCAAUAGUAUUGAGCUGCAGGAGAAUAUGGAAAAGGAAAAUGCUGCUUUAGUUGAGAAGUAAUUAUGAAAGUAAACCAUUUUUUCCAGCAUAAGACCACAGGCUGCUAUGAACUGUUUGUAUGAUUCUGCAAAUAAAAAAAUUCUAAUUUCUUAA